UAGUUUCCAGGAUUUAUAUAUUAUUCUUAUAUUAUUUAAUUAUAUCCUUUCUUAAUAUUAGUCAACUGUUUGUUAUAUUUUGUAGUGUUAUUUUACACUCAAUAAGUUAUUUAACCGAUAGAGACUUUUAUUUUGAAAGGCGGCUUGACGGAAGUGCUCAGGGCCCGCUCAUGCACAGAGAGCGCGGAAUACGGAGAAAGAGAGCGCGCAAAGACGGAGACUGCACACGGCGUUAGGAAUUAAGGACACUUUUAAGUGAAUUUAUGCAUCAGAUUGUUGUUUUAUUUUCAGUAUUUUGUUUGCUUUGAGUUUGUUGCUUGACACCUGGUUGGAAAGGAGAACAAGCUCUUACGGUGUUGUGAAGUCUAUAAGGACAAUAAACACAAAAGGAAAGACCGUACAACAUCAGUGAAUGAGUUAAAUCCUUUAUUCUUCAACCGGGCUGUUACAGUAAGAGCUUGCCCUUUUGAUUCCAUUUGCUGAUGUAAAUGAUGACAGACAAAGGAUCAAAUUUGUGCACUCCUGUGAAGGAAAUUGAAGUAUUAAACGCUGCACAAAACAAGGAAACAGAUGAUGAGAUAGAAGAUCGAUCUGAAGUUGAAAAGAGAAAUGAAGUACGUCGCUCUGUCCGUGAACGAGUUCCAACAGAAAAGAUGCUUGCAUAUCAAAGAGAGGAGUCAGAAAAGGCAGAAAAAAGGCUUAUGCAUGCAUAUGAAAAAUGGAAGGAUGAGGCUCGAAAGGCAAGAGGGCUGCUGAAAACAGACAUCACUGAAAGCCAAUUAGCGUCAAUUAUAGACAUAUUGGAAAAUGAAAGAGAAACUGUAAUGAAUGCAUACAUAAAGGUUCGAAGUUAUGCAACGCCACCCACUGAUACAAGGAGAAGAAUUGAUGCUUGCGAUGCCGUGACAAAGGAUAUUGUUAAGAUUGCUUAUGAGAGGAUCUCAGGUGUGGAUGGAGACUUUGACAGUGAGCAAGUAAAGGGGCGUCUUCGUGAACUGCUUGAUCGAGAUUAUGCUCGCUCCAUCUAUGGUUCUACGGUCUCACAUAUCAGCUCAAAGUCGAGUACGCCCAUAAGUCAACCUUCAGUGAACUCCAUCCUGAUGGCUAAGCGAAUAGAGGCAGCAGCAGAGCUUGCAGCAAAGGAAGCAGAAUAUGCAACAAUAAUGGAGGAAAAGGAACAAAGGGAAAAAAUACAACUUCUAGAAGAGAAGCAAAGGAAAGAAUUGGAUGCUCAAAGGAGUGAGUUUGAAAGAUUACAAGCAGUGAAAGAGGUAAGAGCUGCUAAAGCAAGACUAGAAGUGUAUGACAAGGAAGAAACCACUCACUCUACUAACCAAAAUGACGAGCUGCUACAGCCUGUAAGCAUUUACACACACAAACCUGUGUAUUCAUCCUCAGUUAAGCCAACACUCAAUGAAAGGGUUUCAUCGCCAACACCCAAUGUGGAUGUGUCUUACCUUGCACAAGCUGUCCAAGACAGUAUAACGUUAAACAGACUUCCUAUGCCAGAGCCCACUGUUUUUACUGGUGACCCAAUUCACUUCAUAGAGUGGAAAGCUUCAUUCCAAUCACUCAUCGACAAAAGACAUAUUUCCUCAGCAGAUAAGUUAUACUAUUUGAAGAAGUAUAUUGCUGGGUCUGCUCUGAAAACCUUAGAAGGCAUCUUUUACAGAAACGAUGAGGAAGCUUACAAGGAUGCAUGGAAAAGACUUCAAGAUCGAUAUGGACAGCCAUUCACGAUUCAAAGAGCAUUUCGAGAGAAACUUGCAAACUGGCCCAGAAUCCAGCCUAAGGACUCAGAAGGUCUCCGAAAUUUCUCAGAUUUCCUGACCACAUGUAAGGACGCUAUGCCUCAUGUGAAGGGACUGGAAAUACUGAAUGACUGUGAGGAGAAUAGGAAACUUGUGAGCAAAAUUCCUGAUUGGGCGGCUGCCCGCUGGAAUCGCCAAGCCACACAAACACUGAGUGAGACACAAGAUUUCCCAUCUUUCCAAGAUUUUGCACAUUUCAUGUCCAUUGAGGCUGAGGUGGCCUGCAACCCAGUCACUUCCUUUCAUGCCCUUCACGUUUCUGAAGCUAAUAAGGAGAAACAUAAUCUUAAGGUUAGUAAGAACAAGGCCAGUGUUUUCCAUACGAAGUUAGUCACACAGCAUGAGAAUCCAAAGCUCACUAGUAAAAUCACUAAACCAUGUUUGUUCUGUCAAGGUAGUGAACAUCAAAUUCAUGAUUGCUCUAAAUUCACUGCAAGAUCUCUUGAAGAGCGAAGACAAUUCAUAAAGGACACAAAGCUGUGCUAUGGAUGUUUGAGACUUGGUCACAAUGCCAGAGACUGUCACUCCAGACAUAGCUGUAACACCUGUAAGAGAAGACAUCCAACCUGCUUACAUGAUGACGGCUUCAUUAGAAAGUUAAAGUCUUCCUCUCUUCAAGGCCCAGAGAAUGCACACGAGAAAGUCACAACGUCUUUAAGUGUAGAAUCUGGAUGCACAUCUGCUAACACCUCAAUGAUUGUGCCAGUGUGGUUGUCCUCACAAAACAACCCAGUCUCUGAGAAACUUGUCUACGCUCUGUUAGACACACAAAGUGACACUGUCUUCAUUGAAUAUGCAGUAAGUCAAAGUCUAAAGGUCGACUCAUGCCCAGUGACACUUAAGCUCACCACUAUGGUUGGGAAGGAUUCAUUGAUAUUAAGUGAAAGAGUUUCUGGUCUUAGAGUUAGAGGCUUUAAUUCACCAUUAGUACUAGACCUUCCCGCUGCAUAUACUAAAGAAUGUAUUCCUGCGGAUCGUGCCCACAUCCCUACCAGAGAGACAGCCAGGUGUUGGAAACAUCUUGCUCCUCUGAUAGACAAAAUUCCCCCACUUCAAGACUGUGAGGUUGGUCUAUUAAUAGGAUAUAAUUGUUCCAGAGCUUUGGCCCCCAGAGAAGUCAUUCUUGGAGCAGAAAAUGAGCCAUAUGCUGUUCGUACGGAUCUUGGAUGGAGCAUUGUGGGUCCUUCCUUGACACAUCAUGAGUCACAAAGCAGUCUUACUAUGUGUCACAGAGUAUCUAUCAAGGAGAUUCCUGCUGUAACGCCAACUGACGUGAUUAAAGUGUUGGAGUCAGAUUUCAAAGAUACUGAAGAAAGGACAAGAGUAGUGUCUCAAGAUGACAUUAUGUUCUUGAACAAACUUGGAGAAAGUAUCAGGAUGAACAAAGACAGCCACUUGGAAAUGCCUCUUCCAUUCAAGAGAAGACCCUGUCUUCCAAAUAAUGAGCCUCUUGCGGUCACGAGACUUCAGCAUCUAAAGCGGAGAUUAAUGAAGAACCAGGAGUACAGAGAGCAUUAUGUUAAGUUCAUGGAAGAUGUAAUAGAGAAUGGUGAUGCAGAAAGAGUCAUUGAUGAAGGGAAGGAAGGAGAAAAAUGGUACAUACCUCAUCACGGAGUGUAUCACUCGAAGAAGCCAGGGAAAUUGCGCGUGGUUUUUGACUGCUCCGCAAGAUUCAAGGGAACAUGCUUAAACGAUCAUCUUCUUGUAGGCCCUGACCUUAUGAACAGCCUGACUGGCAUUCUUUUGCGGUUCAGACAGUACCCUGUGGCCCUGAUGUGUGAUAUUGAGAGGAUGUUUCACCAGUUCCAUGUUGACAAAGCUGAUCGUGAUUACUUGCGUUUUCUAUGGUGGAGAAAUGGAGAUUUCAACUCACAGCCUCAAACGUUCCGCAUGAGAGUACAUCUGUUUGGUGCCUCAUCGUCCCCCGGAUGUGCUAACUAUGGACUAAAGCAUCUUGCAAGAGAAGGUGAACAUCUGUAUCCCCUAGGUUCACAAUUUAUUAUGCAGGAUUUCUACAUGGAUGAUGGAGUCUCCAGUGUGGAAAGUGCAGAGAAGGCCAUAAAGUUGGCUCAAGAAGCUCGCCAACUUUGUGCAUUAGGAGGCUUAAGGUUGCAUAAAUUUGCAUCCAAUGACAAGGCAGUUUUGGAGACAAUACCGCCCUCUGAGUGUGCUGUAGAUGUUACAUCUGUCAAUCUCUCCCUCACUGACCAGUCCUUGGAAAGAGCCCUGGGCAUUUACUGGGCAUCUUGA